AUGAUGCCUUUGAGCUCUUUACCACCGCAAGAACUAGCAUUGUAUGCUGCACUGGCCCUGGCCGUCACUACUACUGCUCAUAGGCCAAUCUCCAGGAUAUGGACUCGUUUCGCAUUGUGGAAGAAUGGAAAUUGCUGGGCUACUUGUUUCAAUUGCAAUGAGGAAUUGAUUGUGCCAUUGCAUGUCCUUGCUCCUGGAAAUUGUUUCAAGUGCUCACUUUGUGACAGCAUCAACUACUUUGAUCAAGCUGGAGGGCCACAGCUUCAUGUCGUCCAAGACAUCACACACGAAGAUCCUCUUUCCUACACAAUGCCAUCCAUGUCUCGCCAAUCAUCCUUCCAAUCCCAAACAACACUCCAAGGGACCGUAUUCUGCAGAAAGUGCAUCCAAAACCAAAACAUCCUCGUGCAGCUCCUCGCUGCAUACGAUCCAGAAGACGACGAGUACUUUGACCUAUCGGUGGAAGCGUACCGAAAGAAACUGGAAGCUAAAUAUCCACCUGUAUGCUCAUCAUGUGAACCAGCAGUCAAUAAUCGACUCGCUGAUUUGGCUAGAAUGGUGAAAUCACGAAUAGCAUCUGCUAGUGUGUUGCUUCACAAGGGACUGCCUGUUCCUCCUCAUGCCCAGUAUGCUGCUGGACCUGACAACAAGGGCAGAAAUAGUAAAUUCUCAAUCACGUACUUCAUUGUUUGGGCCGUGUUGGUGUUUAGUGCUUUGGCCAUUCACAUGUUCACUAUAUCAUUUUACACGAGAGGUUUGAUGUACCCAGCUUCAUACCAUCCAGGAUACAUACCACACCAUUGCACAAUCCCAGAAGGUGGAGCACGACGAUUCGCUGCUUUAUAUAACUUUAUAUCAGUCAUGCCGACACGGCCAUGUGAUUCGUGUUGUGCUCAAGAUACUCUCUCGUCGCUGUUGGUCUUGUCUCUGCUCUCAUUUGUGGCCAUUCCUUUCAAUCCGUUAUGGUUGUUCAAGUUACGGUAUCAGAAAUCGGAGACGAAGAAUCAGUUACCUUACUUGGGCUUGAUAUCAACAUAUACAAUUGUUCGAAUCAAGGAGAAGUCAGCAAUCAAGUUGAAUUACGAUACUCAGAAUACUUCAAACAUGACUCGAUCGGAUUCUGGAUAUGUCGACGAGAUGGCGGUCGAUGAUGUCGAUGAUUCGCAUUUGGGACUUGAACAUGCAUUAGCUUUAUCCCAUGUACGAGAUACUUCAGACCGUUCCAUGGCUUUGUUCCUGCAGGAACGUUCAGACUUUGAAAAGUGGAGGAGACGUAUAUGGAAUUUAUAUGUGUGUGCUAUUGGAGUUCGAUGUGUCACCAUGAUGGGGUUUGACGUGUUGUAUCUAGUCCUCGUCGGUGCUCUGUGUAUAGCAAUCGAAACAUGCAGACAGAGCCUCGCCACAUUCCCAGAAGCUGCCAAAGGGACAAGUCAAUCACGAAUGAUCUCUGCUAGCAUAUUUCUGAUUGUACGUCUAAUACUAGUCAUACCACCCUUAUUGCUCCCAACAUCAUACCCCACAUUAUCAUCAACAUACCUAUCAACUACGAGAUCACUAUAUUGGAUUAUCCCGGACAUGAAAGGAACGGAACUAUUGGGUGCUUUUGAUAUUGCUCUAUCUGCAUGGACGGUUUGCUUUGGAAUUGCAUUGGAUGUGGUGUGGAUGACGAGUGCAGUUGUUUUGGGAAUGGGGAUUGAUCUCGGCGGAUAUGCUGAAUAA